GACAGUGCACAUGCUCAGAAAUGCUGCACUUGCUCUCUUAGCAGUUUGCAGCGGCCAUUUCAAAGAAACCAUCACAAAGACAAGAGAAAGAUCAGAGAAGCACCCAUUCCCACGAUGCUGGCACCCUGCCUCCUGAGAAGAGCCGUCCUUACAGUUCCUUUCGUUUUUGUGGUUGCACUGCUUGUCACGGAGCCUGCUAGAGCUGACCAAGAAGCAGGAACAGCCAUACCAGCUGAAAGUCGCCCUUGUGUUGACUGCCAUGCCUUUGAGUUCAUGCAGAGAGCUCUGCAGGAUUUAAAGAAGACUGCCUAUAAUCUAGACACAAGGACAGAAACUCUGCUUCUUCAGGUGGAAAAGAGAAAUCUGUGCGACUGUGUAGCUGCCAAUCUACUGAACUGAAUCCUGGAGACCCCUGAGGAGAGUCACCUGUCCAGCAGUUUUUAAAAUGCAGCUGUAUAAAAUACAGCUUGAUGGAGUUCAUGUGGCAAGCAUGUAUGCCCCAAUGUACUGAUGAAACUGGGGGCCUGUGUCUGAUGUAUUUGUAUUUGUCUGUUCUGUAUCUUUUUAAAAACCCUCUUUUCUAAUCUGCUGGGUUGCCAGUAAGGGCUCAAUUCAGUAAAUCUGUUACUUAUUUUAGAGGGGAGGGGGGAAAUGUAAUCACUUUGAUUUUUAAAUCAGAAUUUGUCAAGUGUAACCCACAAGAUAAUUUUGGAGAACAGUCCCCUAGAGACACGUGCAGCUGGUUUUGUCUCUAAUAUGAACAUUUGUCUGUGGCAACUUACCCAGUAACAUUGAGACAUGACAUUGUGGUCUCUGUAGGCUUUGCCUGUGUAUUAAAGAUGAUGAAGUCCU